CAAUGCCAUGAAUAAAUGUAUAAUUGUGUUGUGGUGAAGUAAAGGUGUGAUACUUAGGUACGGACAUUAGGGUCAGAAUGGAGACGGUUUGGGUUAAGCCGGAGCCUUCGUGGGAAGAGUACGAGCCCGCGCCAGAGUCAGGACACUCCCCGGAAGAAACACAACCUUGGGCAGAAGUUCAGGCCACAAAGGAAAUGGCGGUUAAAGUGAAACAAGAACCCCCGGAGGAGUAUGCUGAGCCUGACAUGAGGGCGCAGUCUCCAACAGCAGGCACGAAGGAUGCAGUGGUAGUGAAACAGGAGCCUCUAGGGGAUGGUGUGAGAAUUAAAGUGGAGGUGGACAUUGAGAGAGAGACAGAAAUUAAAGAGGAACCGGAUUACGCAGGUGCGAGCGAGAGCGUGCGAGCCCCGCAGGCAGAUUUCGAAACGUCACAACUGAUACAAGAAGGGCCCUCUCGGCGCGCGGCCCACUCCGUCGCAGAACUUACCGAAAGGAAGGAGGUCUCCUGCGACAUAUGCUCAAAAACAUUCAAGCAAGCAAGCAAGUUAAAAGACCACUUGAGAAUACACACCGGUGAAAAACCUUACAAUUGCGCAAUUUGCGAAAAACGGUUCAGACAAUUAAGUCAUCUAAGAAGACAUUCUCGUAUUCACACUGGCGAGAAGCCUCACGCGUGCGACGUGUGCAAACAAGAGUUUACAGAGUUGGCUAAUUUGAGGACGCAUCAACGAAUCCACACUGGGGAAAAACCUUAUGCAUGCAAAAUGUGUAGCAAAGAAUUUGCUGGAUUAAGCUGUUUGAAGCGCCAUGAAAGAACACACACUGGUGAAAGGCCGUAUUCUUGCAAGAUUUGUGGCAAAGAGUUCACGCAGUCAAGUACGUUAAAGCUGCAUCUGAGGACACACACUGGAGAAAAACCUUAUCAAUGCGCAACGUGUCAAAAAUAUUUCAGCGGAAUGGACAAUUUGAGGAAACACGAGCGUAUUCAUUUAGGUCUAAAGCGAUUUUCAUGCGAUUUAUGUAAAAAAACCUUUACCGGUUUAAGUACUUUAAAGAGGCAUAUAAGAGUGCACACUGGGGAGAAGCCGUAUGUGUGUGAUGUGUGUAAAAAAGCGUUUUCAGGAUUGGACAGUCUUAUAAGGCACACUCGUAUACACACAGGGGAACAGCCAUACUCAUGCGACACGUGUCAAAGAAGGUUCAGGCAAUUAAGUAAUUUGAAUAAACAUAUAAAAACGCAUAUAGAGCAAAAGUUUUAUCAUUGUGGGAUGUGUACGAAGAAGUUUAGAGAAUUGUGCACUUUGGAGAAACAUGAAAGGAAGCAUCACAGUGGGGAGCCUAGCACAGUUUCGGUCGCGGGAGUGGAUAUUGAAUGCCCUACUUGACUGUGUGUGUCAGUGUCUUGAACAUAACUAUGCAUUGUUCUAGAAUAAAUGGAAAUUGUCGUCGAACCGUGGCAGGCAACUGACAAUACAAUACAAAUACUGUUUAUUGCACACCUCAAUAAAAGAAAACAAUACAAAAGAAAACAGAAAUACAAGCAGAGGUAAACAACAGGCGGUCUUAUCGCUAAAAAGCGAUCUCUUCCACACAACCUUAGGAUAACGGAAAUUAAUAAAUUUACAUAUGUCAGUAGGUAUACAUGCAUACAUAUGUCAGUAGGUAUACAUGUGUCAAUAUAGCAAAGCAAAAGUUGUCACCCCUGUGGACAGUAGCUAUGGUGUACAAAUGUGGUCACUCACCGAGGCGCAAAAGACCAAAUUGAAGGUUUGCCAAAGGGCUAUGGACCGCAGCAUGCUAGGAGUAAAACAGGUUGGUCAAAUUCACAACUCUAUCGCUCAAAAACGCGCUUUACUGAUGUUGGAGCUAAGACCGCCAAGCUGAAAUGGGACUGGGCCGGCCAUGUCUGCCGCAUGCACCCACAGAAGUGGGCCAAAAUAGCCACUGCCUGGGUGGGCUAGUAGAGAAUGCCUCAUGGCAUUAAGUUCGCCUUUUGUACAUUAAGUAUUAAUAAAUUAAUAAAUAAAAUAGCCUCGUUGUGGGUGCUGCAAGAUGGGCGAGAUUGCAGGCCCAGGCGGAGAUGGAGGGAUGACCUGGACGUAUAUCUCAACGGCUGUCAGGAGAUUGCUAAAAACCGAGACAGAUGAAGAUCCGAGGGGGGAGGCCAUAUAGGCUUGUAAUAAUAACCUAAAUCUUUAUUUGAAUUACUCUGUAUUUGGAGGAAACACCGUAUAUUAACUAAAAUAAA